AGGACCACGAGGUGAGCGCGUGGGAUGGUGGCGUCAAGACCGUCGCCCAAGACGACGACGGCGACGGCGAGGCCGCGGUGCCAACGUCGGUCUUGCACCCGCGCUCGGUCGUCGAGGUCGCCGAGUUUCGGUCGUUUGAUCCGAUGAACAACUACUACGACGGUCUGCUCUCGGGCGAUGGCAAGCUGCGCCGCGAGACGCUUGAAGCCGCGCAAGACCACGUGCGCCAGUCACUCGAAGCGUGCGACUCGAUCCAGGGCGUCCAAUGCUUUGUGGACGUCGACUCGACCUGGGGUGGCUUUGCGACAGAAGUCCUGCGCGAGCUCCGCGAAGAGUGUCCCUCGGCCUUUGUCAUGUGCGCCGGCCUCGACGAGCGGUACCCGCUCGUACCGCAGGUUGGCCUCUUUGACCAAGCCAAGCACGACGGCCGCCGCGCCAUCAACAUGGCGUCCUCGAUCCUUCAUCUGCACGAGCUCUCGGACGUCUUCUUCCCACUGGCCACGUCCGGCGACGCAAGAGGCUCAUUUUCAACGUUGUCGUUGGCGUCGACCGACGGGCCGCUGCUGACGGCCGCGGCCUGGGACGUCAUGUCGGCGCCCUACCGCUUCCCGCGCACUUCCAACAUGCAGAUGCGCAACGUCGCCUUUCCGCUGCGGCGCAGCAUGAAGGUCAUGGAACUCGCUUGCCUCUUGGAUCCGCCGACCGACUUUUUCCAGCAAAGUGGCGCCACCCGCUUGGCGCUCCUCGAGGCCGCGUCGCUGCUGCCGAUUGGCGUGCAAGAUCCAUCGUGGACGCGGUCGCGUCAGUACCAUUUGCAGCUCCUGACGCUGCGCGGCGACCCCCGUGCGUUUGCCGGCGUGACGAUGCCGACGUGGCAGCUCAAGGCGCCGUUCGACUUUUGCCACCUCGUGACACUCCAGCGUCCCUCGGUCGCACUGCCCGAAGCACCCGUCUUUGCUUCGAUGGCGUCGCCGGCGUGUCUCUCGGCGGUCAUGAUCACGGACGCGAUCCCCAAGUAUCUGAGUGGCCUCGCGCAUGGCGUGCAGACGAUCGACCGCCGCGUUCUCCACGAGUAUGUCCAAGCCGGCAUGAGCUUUGACGCGCUGCGCGAGCUGCACUCGGACUUGCUCACGCUCUCGGACUCGUCGCUGUAG